AUGUUCCGACUCAAUGAUCUACCACCGGAACUCUUCAGCAACGUCAUCCAUGAGUUGGUAUCAGACAUCGGCAUCAAUGAAGCAUGGCGAUUACGUGAGACCUCUCGCCUAUUUGCCGCAGAAAUAGACAACAAUGUUGUCUCAAAGCAACGACUCGAUAUCAACAACAAAGAGAACACGCUAAACAUAGCUAUUGGCAAAGCAGCGAAGUAUCUCUUUUACCAGGUCAUCCGGAAACAACCCGACCCUCAUACGCGCCCAGCACUUCCACUUCUGGUGCGACGAUUGGCCAGCUAUCUUCAGGAAGAGCUUGGUGUUCCUGCGAAAGAAGAAUACAAAACGAUUCGAGAUCUUUGCCAAGGACUUGUCAAUACCCUCGGCUCUACACAGAUCUACUGGUUGAUACAGAAGGAACAGCCCUUGACAAUGCAAAAGCAUCCAUUCCUCGAACCGCCCAAAGAGUUGAGUGGCAAUCAAAAGCUCUUUGCUUCCAUAAGCAUCCGUUCGCAUACAUUGACAGAGAAGCUUCUCGCCGAGAUCAACACCACCCACGAGUUUGAGCUCCCUAUUCCUCCCCUCGAAGUCGCCCUGGGUUCGAAUGAUGAGAAACUCUAUGGCAUCCUGCUGAGUCGCAUCGAAUCCUAUACCGGAACGGAGAAACAGCAGUCUAUUUCGCAGCUCGGAGUCGAUGCAGCGAUAAUUCAUUCAAUCAAGAUCGGCAAUCUGACGCAUACGAAGCAGCUCGUACAACUUCGUGAAUCAGUUGAGCCCAGGGUUGCCGCAGAAGCCUCUCGGUUUUGGCUCGUCACGGCAAUAGAGACGAGGCAGUUGACAGUUGCCCAACGCUUCGUAAACAUGUUUCCUGAACUCAGCCAGAGGAAUCUCACCCACUUGACCGUUGUCACUCGUACUUGCCAGACCGGUAGCACUGACAUGAUGAACCUGUUGAUCAAUGAGGGCAGUCUUGAUCUCUCAAAAGGCAACGUACGGACUUUGCCGUUGGCAUGUGCCGUCCGGAACGGAUCUCCAGCGAUCAUUGAAGCUAUCAUUGACGCUGGAGCGGAUGUCAACAAGCGUCUGGAAGGUCGCAAUAAGAAGUCCGGACCACAGACUGUCUCCGAGCUUGCAGUUCGCCCAAAGGACUUGGGCAUCCUCGACUGUUUGCUCGGUCGUGGAGCGAAUUUACCGCGAAAGCGCUUCUGGCCAACCACAAAGAGAUCAUAUCAACGAUUUCGUGAGGCUGUGUCAAAGCAUGAUGCAUUCUCCGGCCAGGUUCCGGAGUGGGAGGACUUCAUGGCUGAGGAGAAGUAG